CGUUUAGCAACAAAAACACAUCCACCCUGACCUUUCAAAAUAAAAGCAGCUCCUCAUACACCUGCACUCGUUUAUAGUACUUCCGUAUUAUUUUGCUUUGCGGCUCUGGUUUGGCACGACUUACAAAUAGAGACUGCGUGUUAAAAUUCCAAAUUGGUGCAAAGUGAGUGGGAGGAGUAAGAUUUAAGUCGUGGGCUUUUGUCACCCCCCCCCCCCCCGUGUCGCACUCCGGGGCGGGUCAGCCCACCAACAUCCGGCCUCGUCCUGCAAUGGACGGAGAAACAUCGUCUCAGGUCCGGAGUCAUUUCGCGGCCCUCCUGUGUAAUAUCAUUUAGCGCGUGACGGCCCGUGGACGUGGACGCAGUGCGCCAAUGCGGCCAGAGAAGCUCCAGCAGGCCUCGGCAGUGGUGCGUUCAAAGUUCCGUCAGCGCGUCGUACAUCCGUGCAUGGAGUGAACCGUGCGAGGAGCGCAGCUUGGCGGCGUGUGAUGAUAGGAGACACGAUGACUCUCUUGUCUCUUCUGGGUCGGAUCAUGCGUUAUUUUCUCCUCAGGCCGGAGACCUUGUUCCUGCUGUGCAUCAGCCUGGCCCUGUGGAGUUACUUCUUCCACACGGACGAGGUGAAGACCAUCGUCAAGUCGAGCCGGGAUGCGGUGAAGAUGGUGAAGGGCAAAGUGGCGGAGAUGAUGCAGAACGAGCGCCUGGGAGGCCUCAGCGUGCUGGACGCCGAGUUCUCCAAGACGUGGGAGUUCAAGAACGACAACGUGGCCGUGUACUCCAUCCAAGGGAGGCGAGACCACAUGGAGGACCGCUACCAGGUGCUCACCGACAUCACCAACAAGAGCCACCCCUCCAUAUUCGCCAUAUUCGACGGCCACGGCGGAGAGGCUGCAGCAGACUACGUGAAGGCCCACCUCCCCGAGGCCCUGAGGCAGCACCUGCAGGCGUUUGAGCGAGAGAAGAAGAAGGAGAACGCGCUCUCCUACGCCAGCAUCUUAGAGCAGCAGAUCCUCAAUGUGGACCGAGAGAUGCUGGACAAGCUGUCAGCCAAUCAUGACGAAGCUGGCACCACAUGUCUGGUGGCCCUGCUGUCCGACAGAGAGCUGACAGUGGCCAAUGUUGGCGACUCACGUGGCGUGCUCUGCGACAAAGACGGAAACGCCAUUGCGCUAUCGCACGACCACAAACCGUAUCAGCUCAAAGAGCGCAAGAGGAUCAAGAGAGCAGGAGGCUUCAUCAGUUUUAACGGAUCCUGGAGAGUCCAGGGAAUCCUGGCAAUGUCCCGCUCUCUCGGGGACUAUCCGCUCAAGCACCUCAACGUGGUCAUCCCCGAUCCAGACAUGAUGACCUUCGACCUGGACAAACUGCAGCCGGAGUUUAUGAUCUUGGCGUCGGACGGCCUGUGGGACGCCUUCAGUAACGAAGAGGCGGUGCGGUUUGUCCGCGAGCGCCUGGACGAGCCUCAUUUCGGUGCCAAGAGCAUCGUCCUUCAGUCCUUCUACCGCGGUUGCCCCGACAACAUCACGGUCAUGGUGGUCAAGUUCAAAAGCGGGGCGGGAGGGAGUAGCAAGGCCGGAGACUAGGGUCAAGUCCAUUGGGACGGGAUGAAACUAACAGUAAAACUGGACAUACAAACCUAAUUACGUUCGACUCUUAUAUUCAAGACAUCGCCUAAAAACAAAGUACCCAACCAGUGGGGACGGCGUGGCACGGUUGGCAGAGUGGCCGUGCCAGCAACCUGAUGGUUCCUGGUUCGAUCCCCACCUUCUACCAACUUUGUCAUGUUCGUUGUGUCCUUGAGCAAGACACGUCACCCUUGCUCCUGAUGGGUCGCGGUUAGGGCCUUGCAUGGCAGCUCCCACCAUCAGUGUGUGAGUGAAUGUGGAAAUACUGUCAAAGCGCUUUGACUACCUUAAAAGUAGAAAAGCGCUAUACAAGUAAAACCCAUUAUGUUAGACGGUCAUUUAUGAACGUUGCAGCUACAAUCGUCACAUUUUCUUUUUGCUGUUAUGCAGGAAGCAAAAGGAAACGUCUCAAAAAAACACCAACAACCUGCUGGCUGCGUUUAAACGUUCCAAUUCCUCACAUUUGCUCGAAUGGUGACCUUCCCUCUAGUUGGUCAGGUGCCACGGCACAAUCUAAACAUAAUGAACAAGAAUGCGCCACACCUCAAAUAAAUUCCUCCUCCUUUUCCCUAUUCAGAUAGGAUUGCUGUAGACAACUUUACCACAAGCUAACGCCACCUGGAGAGCGGACAUGUACUCUGUAAAGCUAAAGUUACAUGGGAGAUUAAAGACAAAGUGCUGAUGUAUGCAUUUUGUGACAGAAAUGACAUUAAAAAAAAAAGAGCGCCUUCAGUGAAUGACAAUGCAAUGUUUUCUAAUACACCACAUAAGGUUUAUAAUCCACCUGAAAGUCAGCCAUUUGUGCUAUUGCUGUCGUGUCAUGUGCCCUGCAGAGGACGCUGGCUCUCAGGAUGAUAUUUCCCAUUAUAUAAAACGGCAGUACAAAUAAACCCUCUCUCCUGAUAGAUGCUUCAUAUUCUAAUAAACGCCCCUUUGGCCACGACAUGAGGAAAUAUGACAGAAUGAUCAGGACCUUAUACACCAAGGAUACAAAUGCAUAGACCAGGGGUGUCCUGCAGCUACGUUUUUAACAGCCUGCCGCACAUUCUAAAAAUACUACCGUAUUUUUCGGAGUAUAAGUCGCACCUGCCGAAAAUGUAUAAUAAAGAAGGAAAAAAACAUAUAUAAGUCGCACUGGAGCCCGGCCAAACUAUGAAAAAAACUGCGACUUAUAGUCCGAAAAAUACGGUAAUAAGAAAAAACACAAAGUGGAAUAAAAAUGAGCAAAUAUAUUGUUUUUAUAGCCAAUACCGAUAAUUGAUUACCUUAUUUAUGUCCAUUGUUUUUUUAUCCAAUCCACUUUAUUUAUAUAGCACUAUUAACAAAAUAUUGUUUCCUGAGUGCUGCAUAUUAAACAAUUUCAAUUAAAAGUAUUAAAAAUAGCUAAAAUAAAAUCAAUAUAUAUAUAUAU